UGGGUUUUUGAAGAUUUCAAAUUUGGUUUUUAAUUUUUUCAGCCCUAAUUAUUUAAUUAGAAUUUGGUGUAGAAAAUAAAGGAGGGCAAUAGUUGUUCAUUCUGCUUUUGGGGAGGGAGGGAAGGGGGUUAGGGUUGCUGUUCCUUCUGGUGGACGCCUAACCUAAGUCCAUACACUCCAUCCCAAUCCCAAUCUCAAUCGCAGUCAACGACUGAAUUAGACUCAAGAAAUUUUCAGAAGUUUUGGGAAGGAAACAAAUGGAAGUUGGGAGGAGGAUUUCAGCAAGUCCUCGGCCGUGUUCGGUCCGGCGUGUUUCGGCGAAGAAGAGACCCCGCGCCGAUGCAUCCGUAAAUAGUGUAAAGAAGCUGCAAAGGCGUGAGAUUUGCUCCAAGCGUGAUCGUGCAUUUAGUAUGAGCAAUGCCCUGGAGGGGUUCCGUAACAUGCGCCUCACUGAUGAAUAUGAUUCUCAUGAUCCCAAGGGGCAGUGCUUGUCUGAAUUUCCUUUGCUAUCAAAGAGAGCAAAAAUCAUUGAGAUAGUUUCUGCACAUGACAUUGUCUUUGCUCUUGCAUAUUCUGGUGUUUGUGCAGCUUUUUGUAGAGAGACAAAUGAGAGACUUUGUUUUUUGAACGUUAGUCCUGGUGAAGUCGUUAGAAGCUUGUUUUACAAUAAAAACAAUGAUUCACUCAUCACUGUUUCAGUCUAUUCUUCAGACAGUUUCAGCUCUUUGAAAUGCAGAUCAACAAGAAUUGAAUACAUAAGAAGGGGCAAGCCUGACGCUGGUUUUGCUCUUUUUGAGUCUGAAUCUUUGAAGUGGCCUGGCUUUGUAGAGUUUGAUGAUGUUAAUGGGAAGGUGCUAACUUACUCUGCGCAGGAUAGCAUAUAUAAGGUGUUUGACCUUAAAAACUAUACUAUGCUAUACUCUAUAUCAGAUAAACAUGUACAAGAAAUCAAAAUUAGUUACAGUCCAGGUAUCAUGCUAUUGAUUUUUAAUAGAGCUAGCAGCCACGUUCCUCUUAAAAUUCUAUCAAUAGAAGAUGGCACAGUUCUUAAAUCCUUCAAUCAUCUACUUCAUCGAAAUAAAAAGGUAGAGUUCAUAGAACAAUUCAAUGAGAAACUUCUUGUCAAACAAGAAAAUGAGAAUCUUCAGAUCCUUGAUGUUCGCAAUACUGAGCUAAUGGAAGUUAGCAAAACUGAGUUUAUGACUCCUUCGGCAUUUAUCUUUCUGUAUGAGAAUCAGUUGUUUCUCACAUUUAGAAAUCGAACUGUGUCUGUUUGGAACUUUCGUGGGGAGCGUGUAACUUCAUUUGAGGAUCAUAUGCUGUGGCAUCCUGAUUGCAAUACAAACAACAUUUAUAUCACUUGUGAUCAGGAUCUUAUUAUAUCCUACUGCAAGGCUUCUUCCGAGGAUCAUUGGGCUGAAGGAAAUGCUGGGUCCAUUAAUAUCAGCAAUAUUCUGACUGGAAAAUGCCUGGCUAAAAUAAACACUACCAACCAUCAUCUCAAAGUUGACGACUGUGGUAGCAGUGCUAACUGCUCAAAACAUAAAUACUCUCGGGUAAGAAGCACAGUUACCGAGGCUUUGGAAGACAUAACUGCUCUCUUCUAUGAUGAAGAACGCAACGAAAUCUAUACGGGCAAUAGGCAUGGUCUUGUUCAUGUGUGGUCUAACUAAAGAUCCUUUUGUUGGUUUGGAUGAUUUUGGGUUUAUUAUAGUAGUGGGCUCGUUUUAGUGUUCUGCAUUUCUUUAGAACGAAUGCUCUUUCGCUUACCAAUUAUUUUAUUUUAUUUAUUAAUGUUGCAUUCUUGGGCACAAAGGCCUUGUGAGAUUGAGAUGUAAUACCUAGGAUAAGAAUUUCGGGGUUCUGUUACAUAAUUUGUACAUGUUUUAUCAUACCCAGAAUGUCUACGCUUGGUAGUCUAUAGUGUGUAUAAAGGGAUCAUAUAAUUAUAGUGUGACCAUGGCUACUAGGUUUGUUUUGUUUACUCUAUAAUGUCUAGUCACUAUAUGACAGAGUUAACAGAAUUGGUAGUAACAGCCAUAUUGUUUUGGCGACUGAGUAUUUUUUCUGAAAAACUGUUUGACUA